AUGAUGUUAACUCCAGACUACGCGAAGUUGGGCUGCCGCUCAGAGUCCGGAGUUUUGUCACUGUUCGGAGUGGUCUUCGCGUUCGUGGCUUUUCUUCCUGGAGUCCGCGCCCAUGGCCGCCUCAUUGAGCCUCCGGCCAGGAACGCCAUGUGGAGGUUCAACUACGAUACGCCUUUCAACUUCGAGGACUCGGAACUCUUCUGCGGUGGCAUCAAGGCUCAGUGGCAAGACCACGGCGGUCGCUGCGGCGAGUGCGGCGACAACUUCGGCGAUCCCCGUCCACGGCGGCACGAGACGGGGAACAUGUUCGCCCGCAACCUGACCGUGCGCCACUACUCGCCCGGAGACGUGGUUGACCUGGUGGUCGACAUCGAGACCAACCACCUGGGUUACUUCGAGUUCGCGCUCUGCCCGAGGAAAUCGUGGAACGAGCUGGAGACCGAGAGCUGCUUCGAACCCCACCUGCUGGAAGUAGUCGGCGCCACGGGAGCCAUCUAUAAGAAAAAGGUGUCUCCGGAUCCAAGUACGCGGUACCGACUUCCAACGGCGGCUAACGGCCUCUACCUCCUCCGAGUCAAACUGCCCGAGGACCUCACCUGCGACUACUGCGUCCUUCGUUGGCACUGGAAGUCUGCGAACAACUGGGGCGACUGCGAGGACGGCACCUCGGGACUCGGUUGCGGUCCCCAGGAGACGUACCGAAACUGCGCCGACGUCGCCAUUGGCCACGGCCUGGGACUCCGAGGGGUCCUGGGUGCCAACGCUUACGCCAAGCUCUGGAACCCUCCACCGCCCAAGCCCCACCAGGGUCGACGGAACGACGAUAAUAAGCUUUAG